GCUCUGUACGUUUGGUACACGACGAGAAAAAAAAUAUCGAUCGAAUGAUGUUGCUUGCGUUUAUUUUGCUCAAUUUACUAUCAACGUUUGCCAAAGCAAAUGUACGACAAAGGAGAUAUCUCGUUUAUCCGGACGGUGGGCCAGCCCGUACUCAGUUCAUCAUUGGUGUUGGUGUUCCUGUUGAUUUGAAAGAAGCAUCAGUGACCGUUGGCACUGUUAUAAAGUUUCAAUAUGAUUUACCAACAAACAGUUCUGAAUACACGAGUAGAAUCUAUGGAUUCGCCAACACUGUAUCCAGAGAUAUGGAUGGAGAUGGCAAAGAAGACGAUGAUAAGGAAAUAGAUGUUAAUCAUAAAACAAAUGAAUUACUUGAGAAUGAUUACGACAAUGAUACUUUAGUUGAUAUAACUUUUGAUGAUAGAAGGAAAAGGUCAAUUAUGUUUGCUGAAGGCGGAUCAGUAAAUAGUAUAGAUGUAUCGAAAACAAAUGAAAUUUCACUAGAAGAAGCUAUAAGACGACAAGAAAUGUUAGACGAGAAGCAUAGAGAUGAAGAGACUGAACCACAAAGAAUGAAUAGAUGGGACUUCUAUAAAAUUAUAGAGCAUAUGGCUGAAAGGUACGGCUAUUCGGGUAGACCUUGUCUGCUCAGAACGAUUUGCGAAGCGGCGGAGAUUCCCUUUACACACGAAAAUGGUUUGCUUGGAGAAAUUGGCCAUAUAAUAUUCACACCAUCCACAACUAAAGAUCCUAUCUCCCACCACACGGAUAAUGAGUAUCACGCUGCAGAACGAUUGGGCAGAGAGGCGGAACAGAAUUGCGAAUCAUUUUUUCCGGAAUGCGAGAGUUCCGUUCUAGAAACAUUUACUGAAAUUGGAAUGGAUACUUUACAUAAAUUUGGCUUGAUGUAA